AAAUAAUUGAUUAUGAAUUCAAAUCAAUUAGAUGGAAAUGGCGAUCCUUAACAAGAAUUUCUAGAAGUUAUAAUCAAAUUCUAAUAUUUUAGGCAUUUAAAGAAUUACUCGAUAUUUAGAAUUCUAGAAUUCAAAAUGGUAAUGACUUAAUCAAUUAAUAUUGUCCUCAAUUAAUAUACCCCCUCAUUCUUCCCACUUAAAUACCAAACACAUUUAUAGUAAUUUUCUUAUUUUAUAAUAGAUCAAUAUGGGUCCAUAUUACCCUCAUAUUUAAUAGCCGCAGCUACAUCCUUAAACUAUUCAUUAACAAAGAAUUGUUUAACAGCCCUAGUAAACUUAGUCCUAACAUCACCAAAGUAUCAAAGAAGAGGAUCAAGAUGACAAUAAGCAGUUUAAAGGAAAUUAACCGUAAGAAAAACAAUAAUGAAC